AUGUCGUCGAUGGUUUUCCAUCGACGAUGCGGCAAGCGGAUAACGUUGUCGAACGGGAACCGCACGGCGAUGCGAAAUGUGAGCGAGUUCAACCACGGACUGGUGCUGAGUGCGGAACCCCUUCAGGACGAUGCAUUAUUCGAGGUGCGAAUCGACGAAAAGAUACAAGCAUGGAGUGGAAGCAUCGAAAUCGGAGUCACCACCGUUAACCCCGAAUCGACGGAACUGCCACCGUGCGCUAUGAAACUUCGGAACACCACCUGGGUAAUGUCGGGCAUUUCCGUGCUAAACGACGGUCUGCUGCUCGUGGAAUCGUAUGGACUCGACUUGGAAAAGCUGGGCGAAGGGGACCGCGUCGGUGUGCAACGGACUGCCCGCGGUGAACUGGUGUUUUUCGUGAACGGAGACCCGCAGGGAGUGGCCGCCAGAGACCUCCCACGGCAGGUGUACGCUCUGGUGAACCUGUACGGCAAGUGCGUCCAGGUAACGAUUUCAUCCGGUCAGCCCGGAGAGCUUCCCGGCGAAUACGGUGCGGGCGCUUCUUCCGAGGAUGUCAGCGCUUCUCCGCAGAUUUCGCAAAACAUCGACCUACCGAUGUCGGUGGAAAUGUCCGUGACAAGUGCAACGGCAACGUCAUCUACCACGACGAUGACAACGGCGGCCACAAGUAGCUCGCCAAUUCCAGCCGGUAACGAAGGUACGAGUGAUCCGAGCGACAAGCUACGCUUUCACACACGCUGCGGUACUUUGGUGAAGCUCAGUGCCAACAGUCGCACUGCCGAACGACGACGACCGCUCGAUGAGUUCAACAACGGUGUCGUCAUGACGCACCGGCCACUGUGGGAUAACGAGCUGUUUGAGAUCCGCAUCGAUCGGCUCGUGGAUAAAUGGUCCGGUUCGAUUGAGGUAGGCGUAACAACCCACUGCCCAUCGGCUCUGCAGUUCCCUGCGACGAUGACGAACCUACGCAGCGGUACGAUUAUGAUGUCCGGCUGCGGGAUACUAACAAAUGGUAAAGGAACCCGCCGCGAGUAUGGCGAAUUUAACCUAGACGAGCUGCGUGAAGGUGACCGCGUGGGCAUGAUGAGAAAAUCGAAUGGCAACCUGCACUACUACAUUAACGGCCGCGAUCAGGGUGUGGCCGCAACACGCGUCGCCCAAACACUCUGGGGUGUAAUCGACCUGUACGGCAUGACGAUUAAGGUGACGAUCGUCGAUCGGGACGAGCGUGAACAGCGCAAUCUGGUGACACGUCGCAAUCAUCUACUCAGCAUGCCGGCUCAGGUGCAGGAGCUUCCGUUGGGAGGUUUACCACACGCACCAACGGCCGGUAGUCCGUCUGAGGUGGACUGUAGUGGUGCGGCAUCCGGCCUACUCGAUCGAUUGCUAUUUCAUCCGAUGUGCGGAUCCCACGCGAGUGUUACGCAUAGCGGACGGACUGCAUUGCGCCCGAAUGCAUCGGAUGAUUUCAAUAACGGUGUGGUUUUAACACGCCGACCAUUGCGUCCAAACGAACUGUUUCAGGUGCGGUUGGAGCGCGUCGUCACGAAGUGGGCUGGUUCGAUCGAAAUGGGCGUCACUACGCACAGCCCGACUGAGCUUGAUUUCCCUUUCACGAUGACGAACGUCCGGUCUGGCACGUGGAUGAUGACGGGAAACGGCGUGAUGCACAACGGCAUGACGGUGAUCGAGCAGUACGGCCAAAACCUGGACCGGUUGCAGGUAGGCGACCGAGUAGGGGUCGUACGGAAGGACGACGGUACGCUCCACUUCUGGGUGAACGGAAUUGACCAGGGUCCAGCGGCCACCAACGUACCCGAGAAGGUGUACGGCGUGAUUGACCUUUACGGACAGGCGGCCCAGGCAAGCAUCGUCGACACGUCCGAAUGUGGCACACCGGAUACGGGCAACUCGACCAUCUCAAAUACGACGUUAUUCCCAUCGGCGGAACCUCGAAUGCGCUUCAACACGUGCGUUCACGGACGAAACGCGCACAUCCUCAGCAGCGGGCUGACGGCAUGCCGGCCAAAGGCACUGGCCGAGUUUAACGAUGCGAUCGUGUUCAGCAGCCGGCCACUACGCCAACGGGAACUGUUCGAAAUCGUACUCGAGACGGUGGUCGAUCGGUGGAACGGUAGCAUCGAAAUCGGCGUGACCGCGAUGCGACCGGACGAGCUGUCCCUACCGAGCACGGCGACGGAUCUCGAGCACGAUACGAUCAUGGUCUCCGGCACGACGCUCCUGCUGAACGGGUUCACCGUGCGUAACGAUCUUCCGUUCGAUCUGGACUCGCUUGGGCAGGGUUCGCGCGUUGGCGUCAUGCGCAACGGGGACGCUAUUCAUUUCUUCAUCAAUGGCAUCGAUUUGGGAGCGUUCUACGAAUCGAAAGCCCCGAACCUGUACGCCGUGGUCGAUUUGUACGGGCAGUGUGCGCAGGUUAGCAUAACGGCACCGACACACGUGGGUGCGACGGUUGCGGGUGGGAGUGGUGCGAUCGGGGACCUGCGUGCCCCGUACGCCAUCAGUGAAAACUCUCAAAGCCUGCAGGCCACGUCCGUGAUCCAGCCGAUGGCGCUGGUGGAAUCGAAACACCGUUGGUCGUGCAUUUCCGGAAAUGCGGUUACGCUUGGGCACAACUGGACACUGGCCACCCGUGGUACUAAUGCCGCCCUUUCGCACUGUCUCGUGUUCUCCGAUCGGCCACUGGUGGCGGGUGAAACGUUCGAGAUUAAGAUCGUCGAGGUGAACCCGCUGUAUGCCGGGUGUUUGCGCGUCGGGGCCACCGAUUUGAAUCUCUCCGAUGAGCACGUGCGCAAGAACAUCCCUAUAAGCAUGCGGCGCAUCCCUGCGAACGUGUGGUACGUCAGCGGAAACGAGGUGCGGCAUAAUUCGACAUUACUGCAGCGGUCACUGGCUUCACUCGAGUGGUUACGGGUUGGUGAUCGUAUCGCAAUCGAGCUCACGUCAGCUCGAACGCUACGAAUUUUGCUGAAUUCCGAGGACAUGAAUAUUUCCUUCGCUAAUCUACCGGAUCCGGCUGACGUGUUUGCCGUGGUGGAGCUGAUCGGAUCGACAAUGGCCGUGCAGGUGAUUUCCUCCCAAGGUCCUUCAUCGCCGUUGCGUCCUUGCAGCCUACGUCUGCAGGAUUCACUGGAACUCGGACUUGACCCGCUGAACAAGCAGGACUCGAUGCUGGAAUCGAUCGACUCGGACAGCCUGGCGAUGGAGUUUUCCGAGCUGUACCUCGGGAAAAACGUUACGCUAAACGAUGAGCGAAAAUCUGCCACGCGAGGUCAAUCGUACAACCAAGCGGUCGUGUGCUUAUCGCGUCCACUUUGUAAAGGACACAGCGUGAGCGUGCGUGUGAACACGAUCAACCCGCAGUGGAAGGGUACGAUCGCGGUUGGGGCACUUGGAGUUGCGCCCGGGACCGCUUCGGCACAGUAUCCCUUCCCGACGUCGGCCAUCCUGUUCCGGAGACCGUGCUGGAUUGUGACGCACGAUUACGUUAACAUAAACGGAACCAAAACGCAGUCCCGCUACGGUGAACUGCUGGAUGCGAUCCAGCCGGGGACGAUUAUAACGCUUACGUUGACCCACGCAGGUAGUUUGGUGGUUACGUGCGGUCAAACCCAGCUAGAAGAGCUGGCUAGCGGGUUGCCACAUCACGUGUACCCGGUUUUCGAUCUCUACGGAAAGUGUGAGCGCGUGACAAUCUACAACGGUGAUCCGAAGAAUGGGAGCCCAAUCGCUGAAGAGCUAGCUGUGUUGCCGAAUGAACCACAACCACGUUCGGUUGGUUCAGCUGGCGGAUCCACCGUCGGUGCUGGUGGUCCGGGUGAUACCAGCGGGAUGGCAGGAGUCGGUAUGGCUGCGGGUGUGGUCGCGCCGGACACCGGUGAGAACGUACCGCAAUGUGAGAAAGCCGAUCUAGAGGUGCACGAGAAGGAAACGGAUCAAACCGUCGUUAGUCAACCGGCCGUUGCAGGCGGAAGUUCGUCGAGCGCUAUGAGCCGCUCGGUGAUGGAUUGCGUAUCGGAGAACCUUUUGAUGAAUAUUUCGAUAAAAAUACGCACCGCGAACGAAGCGCGCAAUCAGGAACUGUCGAAUUCUUGUUGCCUUCGUGACUCGCUGCAACUGCAGCAUUCGACGAAUCUCAACAUCCAGCGAAGUCAGAGCACUCAUCGAUUCAACGCGAGCACCAUGCAUGGGAGUUUCGACAGCAACCGAGGUGGUGGUGGUGGUGUUGGUGAGCAAUCACAAUCCAUGAGUUCCGGAAACUACGACGAAGGAUUCGAGGAUUACUCGCAUCGAUCGACGGCCGCAGGAGCGGUUGGUUCAAAUGCUCCUGCAACCGUGGAAAAUGAAACGAACACGGUCGAUCGUGGCGUCGGAGCUGGUGAUAACACCGAUACCAAUUAUCUCGAUGACGUGGGGGAGUCAAAUUUGGAUUUCAACGUACAGCUUAACACCACCAGUUCCGGAACCGGUGGGGAUGCAGAAUAUGAUACUAAUCUAGCGGAAUGUGAUGCAAAUCACAACCAAGUGGCCGAUGAAUCGAUGGAGGAUGAAGAAGACGAUGACGAUGAGGAUCGGGAUCGGAAUACGUUGGCGAACUCCCGCCGGUCGAAGCUUGGUCUUCCGCUGGAACCGGUGGGUGGGAAUAUAAGUGCAGCAGCGUCAGCUUGCUCGUCUCUUUCAUUUGCGGGAACGCAACGAUUAGCUCCGGAAGGUGCUGAGGAUGGUGAAGAUGGAGGACAGCACGUAAAUCAGCCACCGGUGCCAGUGACACAAGCUUGCAGCACACUUCCACCACCGAUGGCGAUCGUUCCGGUUUCGGUUGAGAACCGUGAUUGCGACUAUCGCAAGCUGGUCAUGAGUUUUAAGCGAACGCUCAUGCUUCCCGAUGCAUUUUUCGCGGAUGAUCCGUGUGCGUGCUAUUGUUCCGCUUGCCUAUUGCCGGUAAUGGCCGAUCGGGUCCCUGUGGGUAUUACGGGCGUGUUGAAAAACUGGGUUCGCUUUCGGUUGAACCAACACACAGUGCUUGGAGGGAGUAACGUGAGCACGGUGGAUGAUUUUGUGUGGACGACGGCGUACUAUAAUACGCGCGUUGAUAAAAUACGCUCCGUGCUGGAUCACGGACAACCCCUUCCGAUCGAAACAGGUCAAUUGCCUGUUGAAUCAUCCUCCACCAGCGCCUCGAUGAGUGACAACUUUAUCCCCGGAACGCACAUAUUGCUGCGCUCGUUUCCCGAUGUGACGGAUCUAACCAGUGCUGGAGCAGUCUCAAACGCCGGUUCGAAUCGAGGACGACCGUCCUCCCUUCGCUACAUGGUGAAUGGGCAAUUUUUCCACAUCACAACCGCCUUCGAGGUGCGUGUUCGUUCACAAUCGCUGUCGACCGUUGAGGUCAACCAUGGCGAUCAGCAAAGGAUAAUACCAGCGGACGGGUCCGGUAGCACCGGUGCGGGAUUGGCUAGCAAUCCUGGCACUGCAGCACCAGUGCCCUCAACUCAACCCGCAACUACGGCUCUGACGAGUACGGUGGCCACGGGACCAUCAGCGGGAGCCUCCUGCAACAACGCUAAUGAUUUCACAUUCCGCUCCUGGACAACGAAGGAAGCCGACGCCUGUGUGCUGACGGCACUGUUGAUACAUCUGGUCCCGGUGUAAGGAGCCAACAAUAUCAAACAUCGCACCGCAUCUAUGUCA